GAAAGGACCCACACAACCGGAAGUUUUGAGAGCAUGAAGUAAACAUUGGAGUUAACGCUCAUAAUAAUUGACUUUCUGCUUUUCAGACUCCUCAGAGUGGAUAAAAAUGAAUAACAUGUCCCCUGAGGUUGCACUGCACCGGAUCUCACCUGAACUGCGGCCCUUGCUGUGCAGCGUGGUGAGGAACGGUCGUGUGGGGCUGGACUCCACAAACUGUCUCCGUGUCACAGACCUCAAAACUGGAUGUACAUCUCUGACUCCUGGUCCUUGCUGUGAUCGCUUCAAACUUCACAUCCCCUAUGCUGGAGAAACUCUCAAAUGGGACAUCAUGUUCAAUGCACAGUAUCCAGAGUUGCCUCCAGAUUUUAUUUUUGGAGAAGAUGCCGAGUUUCUCCCCGAACCAUCAGAGCUACCGCACUUGGUCCAGUGGGAUGCAGGGAAUCCUGAAUGUUUGCUCCAGCUGGUGAAGGAGCUUAUCCAGCAGUACCACCACUACCAGUGCCAGCGUCUGCGCGAGAGCUCCAGGCUCCUCUUUGAGUAUGACAGCCUGCUGGAGGAUCCCAACUACGGCCGCAACAUGGAGAUUUAUGCCGGACGCAAGAACAGCUGGACAGGAGAGUUUUCAGCCCGUUUCCUUCUUAAACUCCCUGUGGACUUCAGCAACAUCCCCGUCUACCUCCUCAAGGACACAGCUCUGGACCCUGGAGAGGAUGUGGCCCUUCUCUCUGUGAGCUUCGAGGAUGCUGAGGCCACCCAAGUCUUUCCUAAACUCUACCUCUCCCCCAGCAUUGAACAUGCUCUGGGAGGCUCCUCUGCACUUCAUAUCCCAGCAUUCCCCAGUGGAGGAUGUCUAAUUGACUAUGUCCCUCAAGUGUGCCAGUUACUCACCAACAAAGUGCAGUAUGUCAUCCAAGGCUAUCACAAGAGGAGAGAGUACAUCGCUGCCUUCCUCAGCCACUUUGGAAUGGGGGUGGUGGAGUAUGACGCCGAGGGAUUCACAAAACUCACCCUGCUGCUCAUGUGGAAAGACUUUUGCUUCCUAGUGCACGUGGAUCUCCCGCUGUACUUCCCCAGGGACCAGCCCACCCUCACCUUCCAGUCUGUGUACCACUUCACCAACAGCGGUCAGCUUUAUUCUCAGGUGCAGAAAUCGUAUCCCUACAGCCCGCGCUGGGACGGCAAUGAGAUGGCCAAGAGGGCAAAGGCGUACUUCAAGAGCUUCAUCCCUCAAUUCCAAGAGGGAGCCUUUGCCAACGGGAAACUCUAGUGCUCUCUAGCUUAAUGACAUGCCUGGAGAGUUGCCAGUGGGAGUGUGUAUGUGAGCGUGUGUUUGUGCAUGCCAUUGUGUAUACCUGUAUGCACAGACGGUACAGUACUUUUCUCAAAUGAACAGUACACUGAGAAUGACAGUGUGCGUUUUUGCACACAGACUAAGUUGUUUGGCCUUGAAUUUGUUGCCUCUUAGUCAAUAACUUCACUUUUUAUUUACUCGUAGAGGCACUGCAACAUGCUACAGCUAAAAACCAGCCCUAAUGAUGAUAGAUUAUCACUAUUGCUAGCACAGUAAAGGGCCUUUAUUUUGAAAAGAAACUCCAUACUCUGACAGGAACUUAAUUUGACAAACUGUACAGACUACAGUCUGUUUUAUUGUGUUGUGCCAAUGGCGCCUGGCUUCAAGCAGUUAAAUCUCAAAGGCUGGGGCUCACAACACUCCAUCCAGAGGUGCCGUGCCGGGAGAAACAGACGUUUGUUGAUAUGUAAACAAUAUGUAAACUGUAUUACCUACACAACGAGCUGUAGGGAGGAUGCAAAACACCAUUGCUUCUGUUUGUCUGUCGUUCACCAGAUUGUCUGAAUUUUGGCUCCACUGUCAAUGUUUAAAUCAUCUCCAACUUGCCUUUUAAUUGUUAAAAUGCUGUAUGCUUUAUGACUAUAUGACAUGACUAUUUGAAGCUUCGUCAGCUUUUCCUGACAUGUUGACUGUACUGUAAGUUAAUUAUGUUUUGUCAAAAUUUCUACCCAGUAAAGAAGAAGUGUGUCUCCUCUGA